AUGUCCUCCACCCCUUCGCCCACCAAACGGUCGGUGUUGUCCCCCAAGCCUUCCAACAUCUCGUCACCCUUCAGGAAGGCUGCUCCUUUCACCAAGCUGUCUCCAUUGGUGCACCACAAACCUGCACUGGUUGCAACACCAGCCAAGAAGCCCAAGCUCAACUUCACCAUCUUCGAAGACUCGCCCGCCCAACAUCCUGUGGACGUCGAGUUGUCGCCAGUUUCCAACAGGCCCAACCACUACGACCAGGAGAACAUCUUGCAGCCCAAAAAGGUGGCAGAACCUGCCCACCGCCCCCACGCCAGAACCCCCUUGGGUGACUUGAACCUCAACCAGUUUGCUGGAUACAUCCAUUACACUGGCGGCGAGUCCCGCCAGUUGGCCGAGCUCUACCAGCCCGCCAACUUCAACAAUGACUUCAACUCCUUGCAUAAACACACCAACAUCCCCUGCUAUUUGACUCCCAGUAGAGCCGCCAAAGACAAGUACUUGGUGAGAUCAAACAUGGACAGUGUCGACGAGCUGGAGGUAGACGAAACUGACGACGCCGAGCUCACCUUGCUCAGGAAACACCACAGGCUCCAGAACCGUGUGGCCACCACUGGUAUGGUGAAAAAACACAGGAGGUCGAUGUCGGUGGGCAAGAACGACGCCAAACUCAAACUCAUAAGGAAGAAUAACUUCACUAUCUUGUCUAAUUGA